UCAGCAUGACACGUGCGCUUGCGUACCUAUCAGUUGACAUGUUGUCUAGCGUAACGCAUGUUAUACUAUGUUAUACUGUGAGAGCGUCACUCCAGUAGAUUAUCACUGCGACCUUGAUCUUGAGAAAUAGCCGGUGUCAAGUUAUUUAUUCACAAGAUACACGUGAGAUAAUCUCUGAUACAGAAUUGUGGUUAAGCAAAGACGUCAGGUACUAAUAGAGCUAUUCAUCAUACAAAAUUUUGGUUUGAAAGAUGGUAGAAAAUAGACACAAAAUGAUUAAAUUAAAAAGUGGCAAAAGUGUCAGAUAAGUGAUGGAAGAUGUGAUCGAUCAGCUGAUCAUAUGGAAGUGUCAAAAACACAAUUUUGUUGAGUAUAGAAGUUGACAUUAGAGUGACAUAAAAAUGAAGAUGAAAGCGGAAAUAAGAGAAUAAGAUCAUUUUUAGCUGAAAGUACAAGUCAUAAUGUAGAGAAGUGUAUGAGAUAAAAUAGAUAAAUAAAUAAUCAUUGAUCAAAGUUGAUUGUUGAGUAGAGUGUACGUCGCGUCGACGACGUCGUCGAUGCUCGCGUCGCUUGCGGUAGUCGUCGCGGGGUUGCGGAGGGUGGCGGGGAAAUUAGAGUUUAGUAUUGCGCGAGCAGUGGCCGAGUGCGGUCCUCGAGUUCCAUCUGUUGUUUUGCGUGUGCCGGCAAACGUGCGCGAUAAUAAUAUUUACCGUUAUUACAAAUAUAUCCUUGUGGGUAUUAUUUAUCCAAGAAGGCCGUGUAAACCGCAAGGGAGCUGUGAAGAAUCGUUGUGGUGGGUCAGGAGAAAAAGAUAGCAGGUAAAAGUGUGGACCAAAACAAAGAGAUAAACGAGAACAGGAAGAAGAAGAAGAGGAAAUAGAUUUUUUUUUUUUCAAGAGAACUUUGAAAAAAAAGUGUGUGAAAGCUGUAAGUGAACGAGAACAAGACAACGAAAAAAAUGAGCGCGAGAGAAGUCACCCUCGUUGGUGGUUCUCCCUGGGGUUUUCGAAUGCAUGGCGGCCAUGACCUGCAUCAACCUCUCCGGAUCUCUAGAGUAAAUCCCGGUUCAAAAGCUGCUCAACAAGGAGUUCGAGAAGGCGACCUUAUUAGUAGUAUUAACGGACGAAAUACUUCAGAUUUAACUAAUGUAGAAGCUCACACACUUUUACGAAACGCCGGGGAUCAGCUUAAACUAGGACUCAAUCAAGAAUCUGUUGGAUCUCCCAAACGACGAAUAUACAAAAGCAGCCUUCAGGAAAAUACUUCUAUCGAAACGCUACAAAAGACAACGAAAACGACAACCACGGCAACGAGAAUAAUAUCGUCCGAAACAAAGAGGAACGGAACUGAUGACACGAGAAGCGAGCACGAUUUUACAAAUCAAAACGGGACUCUAAAGACUAGCGAAUACUCGGAGAAGUGCAGUCAGAAUCAAGAAACGACUAAGACCCGUCAAGCUCCAACAGAGUGUUUACAGCUCCACGUAAAUCCCAACGACAGCCUUGAUUGUACGAACAAGUCCGCAAUGCCACACAGUUCACGCGCACGAAAAACUCGACGUAACCGAAACAAACGAGUGAAGUAUCGUCAGGUUAACACGAGAUCCGAUGAUUACUCACAACAACCCAAUACCAACGAGAAAAAUAACGACAGCUGUGAGAUUAAAUGUGAUCAACAUCCACUAUUAGAGACAGUGACUAAGGAUCCUGAGGCCGAGAAAGUAAAUGAAAGCACUAAAGAGGUGGAAUCGAUCGAUGAGAGUAUUAGUCGAACAAUUAGGGAGGUUGCAGGGAAUUUAGUAGAGGCAAAGGUCAACAGUCAUGCGGUCAAGGUGGCAAGUGAGGUCGAACCGUUGUCAAGUACCACAAUCAGAUCGAUAUCAGGUAACCAUGUAUCAACUAGAAACAAGCAAAAGUUGGAACGUCGGUUGGUAAAUAGUGAGGUAAAAAUUUGUGAAAUCAGUAGUGUAAGUGGAUCACCUCUUACAGCAAGUAUUGGCCAUAUGACUGGUGUAGGUAUCUUGCAGACUAAAUUAAUCAACCAAGAGCACCAACACGAUUCGAUUGUGACAAUUUCAGAGCCUGUGGAGCCACUUAAGCCAUUGCCUACUGAUGUUGUUUUGAGGGUCGAGACCCUUGGCAAGUCCACUGCCCUGGGAUUCUCGCCAGCUAGUGAGAAAAUAAAUAAGGACGGACCGGAGAUUCAUGAGGUCACCGAUAGCGAUGUAGAGACUACAGAGUUCUGUAAACCGAGCCUUGUUGUUGAAGUUGACAACGAAAGAGAAUCAGCUGAGCAUGAGAUUAAAGAUGCCAUUCUUGAAGAAACGUCCACCGACAACUCUGUUGAUGAAGGAAAUGAAGAAAGUAUUUGUGAAGAAGAUAAUAAUGAGGAAAAUAGUGUAGAAAUAGCUUCUAAUGAACUGUCUAAUGAUGAAAUAACUAUGCAAAAUAAUGACCAGAUGAUUGAAGAUGGUUUAAUAAAAAUGUGUGGUGAUGGAGGUGGAACAAAAAACAUGAUUAAAGUGAAAAACGAUAAAAUUAAAGAUAUAGUAAAAAAUGAAAACUUUCAAAGUCGAGAGGUUUUGUUAGACAAAAAAAAUGUGAGCAAACCAUUGACUUUUAUUGAUGAAAGACGUGAUUUACAAGAUUUUGAAGAAAACAACCUGUUGAAUAAUCCAAAUAUUCGAGAGAAUGAGGAGAAAUCAAAUGAUAAUAUUCUUCAAUGUAAAUCAAAAAGUAAAUCGAUUUUAAAUAAUUAUUUUUCUUCAGCUGGUGAAAGGUUUUUAGAUAUUAUUCAUGAGGAGAGUGAGAGAUUGUCUGGUGAUGAAGAGCAACAUAUUCGUGAUUUUAUAAAUGGAGAAAUUGCUAAAUUUAGAAGAGAAAAACGAUCCCUAAAUGAAAGACGAGAAGAAAGAGAGGAGGAAGAGGAAGAAGAAGAAAAGGAUGAAAAGGAGAGAACAAUUGAAGUUAGUACAAGUAGAAGUGAAGAUUUACAAGUGUUACAUGAGACUGAAAAAAAUUUCCUUGUUAAUGAGAAUGCAAAAUUGCAGGGUGAAAUUUCAAACAACACUGAGAAGAAAUUAAUUUCGAACAAUGGAAAAUUUUAUUCAUCCAACAGCUUUGAGAGUUUUGAGCUGAAGAGUAAAGAAAAGAAAAUAUUGGAUUUAGCAGACAAUGCACGACAAGUACCAGAGCCCCCCAGGAGGUCUUCUAGUUUCAUCAACAAAGAUGUAGUUGAACCUAUACGACCCCCUACGCCUCUUCAGGUUGAUGAUUCUCCACCUCCUCUCCCAUCUCCACCGUCUUUAUCUCAGUAUACAUGCCUCACACCAUUCAACCGAGUUAAUCAAUUUGCAGAAGACAAAUCCGGGGAUAAACCGAAGAAUCCAUCCCUCCCAAGCUUCUUGUCCAGUUCAAAUUACACCGCUGAUACUCCUUUAAACUUGGGGAUUACGCACGAGAUUGAACUGAAAAGAGAAGAAGGUGACAGAGAAUCGAUAAAAAGAGGCACGCAAGACUUAUGUAAUAACACGGAUGAAUCUAACAAAAUUGGCAAUGACGACGUCGACGAGACAUCUCGCCUUGAAAUAGCGCAUGAUCAUGUUGACUUAAGUGCCACGAUGUCGUGGAAAAUCUCAGACGCCGGCCACUUGAGUGCGUGCGAGUCACCGCGUGAGCUAUCAUCGUCACUGAAGAGUGCUGCCGCGACUACUGUUGAAUAUCGACGUGAGACAAAGAAUCAAGACGAGGUCGAAAGUUCGCGACCCUUCCAAGUUCCCAAAGUGGUAGCAGAGAAGCAGAAGGUGAUAGGAAAGAGCCUACUUGAGACGCGAAAGCUUGAAUGUGCUUACAAAAAAAAGUAUGAACAAAAUCCAAAGAAUCCGUCCUUCAAGGUCGAGAAUGAGAUCAAAGAAUUUCCUGAGCGUCGAGAGCUUGGUAGUAGUGAAGUUUUAAAAGUAGUCGAAUCUGAGAAUAUCGAAAAAUUGCAAGAAAAAUAUAUAGACAAUAAUUUAUGUCAUGAAAAAUUUUUGGAGACGGUGGAGCAAAAAAUAGACAAAUGUCAUGAAGAGAAAAUAAUAAAUGUAUCAUUGGAUCGUGAAGUAAAAGUAAAAAAUAACAAUGAGAGUGAGUUGAAUGAAUCACAAGAGGUCGCUGAUAAUUUAGAGAGAUGUAAAAAUUCUGUCGAGAGUGUAAGUACUGAUUUUUCAUUAAAAAAUAUUGAUGAGAGAGGACAAGAGUCUUCUAGUAGUGCUGCAUCGCCAAGCACCGUUAGAUAUGUGCCUGAAGACACCUGUGACAUAGAUUUGGUUGAAGCUGAUGUAGCAGACGAGGAAAGUUUACCAAAACUAAAGCUUAAACUAUCGGAGAAUUUAAAUAAUAUUUCUGAAACGUCUUCCUCGCCACAACCAAUUCCAUAUUCACCCGUCGAAGAGCUUUACUAUGUGCCGUUGAAUGAAAAUGACUUGGUUGGAAUAGAGAAAAAAAAUUCCGACAUCAAACCUAGUUUACUGAAGGACCUUUGCAUCAAGAAAAUCCUGUCAAUGCCUUAUGGUGCUCAAAUAAUCAGAGAGAUAACUCUUCCGAAAUUCAAUAUUUUCCAGAACUUAAAGACGAUUCAAAAGACGCUGGAAAAUUUUCAAAGUACAAGCGAAGAGGAGGUAAAUUCUAGCAACGAGAUGAUGAAGAAGCGUCCAAAAAGUUGGAUGGGCGUACCAACGAACCAAGAUCCGCAGCUGCUCGUUUGUUUCUCACCCUCACAGCAGCAAGAGAACUGUGUACGCACGAGCGCGGACAAGCUUCUUGAUCUUCACAAAAAGUUUCUCAACCGCCGUAGCUAUCAUGAACAAGUAGGAGUAGAUGGUCGAUGUGAGAUCAAGGUACCCAAGUACCGUGUGGAAGUUAACUCGACCAAGGAAUCCCAGGAUUUGGAGAAAAGUGAGCGGAACGAAUGGAACCAAUCUAAUCGAGUUACUGCGACGUCGUCGGCAUCGUCGUCCAACCGACUCUUGGAGAUCAUAAAAGAAAAUCCCAUAGCUGCCGACGACUCACUACCUAAAGUCACGGAAACUCAUAAAAAUGUUAGACAAGAUCGUUUAAAAACUACACGACUUGCAGACUGGUUAACUCUAGCAAGAAGUGAGUCUCCUUCAGCUGGCUAUUCUAAAUGUGAAAAAAUUUCUUCAAGUCAUUUGUCAACGGAACGACGUAGAUACGGAAAUGAAGUUCACCAGAAUAAUCCUCUCAGUCCAAUAAAACAUCCGGAUACUUUGAUGACAGAUAACAAAGCCACGAACAAAUGUAUUUUCAACGACAGAAGUGGAUCGAGUGGACGCGGACUGAAUGAUACUAGUCAUCGUAUUAACAGUGCUCUUAUUAUACAAUCACCAGAGUGUCCGAAUGAACGACAAAAUGCUACACCACUGAACAAGACUCCAAUUACUCAGAAGAGCGCGAUAAUCGACAAGUCGUCAAGCACACCUGAGCAACGUAAAUGGAGACCGCAACCUCUUCGUGGUAGUAUCGAUUCACGACACGUGAAUCCAGCUUUGAUUAAUGAUAAACCUGAGACUCCACCAAGAUGUCGACGAUCUGUUACCGUAGACCGCUCGUGUAUUGAUAAUACUAGUAUCUUUGAUAAAGCACCACCAAAAAAUUAUCUUGAACCACGAGGUUAUGGUAAUCCUGAAGCGCUCAAGCAAGUAACAGCAAAGGAGAUUGUCGAGAACCUAAAGAGACUUAAGGUGCAAGGGAAAGAUGUUAAGGACCAAAUUGACGUGCAAAGAAGGCACUCACUACCACCAGAAAUUUUUGAUAGACAGUUGGAGUAUAUUGAGCGUCUUGAGGAUCAACUAAAAGAGGUCAUCUUGGCCGAAGAAGAGGAAGAAAAAGCCUUUAAAGAAUUUCACGAUCAGGUUAAGGCGGAAAUAGUCCUGAAUGAGAAUAAAAAUCACAGUAGUGUGUCAGAAAAUGAUGAUGAUAGUCGAGAAAUCUGGCAUGAAGAGUCAAGACUUGAGGAUGGGGAUCAUAUCAAGUACUUUAAAAAGGAAGGACAUCAAGAGAAGAAGACAAGUGUGGUUGAAGAAGAUGGACGACAAAUUGAAAAGUCGAUUCGAGUAUUUGAAAAUAAAGAAGUGAAUCAAAUGAGUUCGAGGAAGGAAAAUACUGAUGGUGAGGUUGGACUUGAGUGGAAAAGGUUCUUUGAAGAUGGAGCAUUCCCGGAAAAGAUGCAAGAUACACCACAAAAGUUUCAUGAUAAUAAAAUGAAGAAACGACCAAAGUCAAUUUCAAUUUUUCCCAUGAGUGAUGAAGUAUUUCGAUGUAAAAUGUAUGACGAAUAUAUUGAUAAAGUCUUAGAACGUGAAGAACGAAAGCAUCAAAAAGUGAUAAAGAUCAGCUCUCACGUUGAUUUAAAUAAGUCCAGUGGAAAAAAUUCAAAUUCAAGUAUGAAUCCCAUUGAGAAAGAAUUUAUAGAGAAAGCGAAAAAUAGAAUGAAUAGAUUUGGGAUUAAUUUAGAUGAUAGUGAAACUGAAGUGGUAGAAAAAAAUACAGAAACAAUUGUAACUGAAACUGAAACAAAUAUAACUAAAAGUGAAUCUCAUGAAGAAAGAGUCAAGUGUCUUAUUGAUGGCAAGGAAAUCAAAGAUGCAAGACAAUUGCCUAAACAUCUUCAGGAAUUUCUAGUGCUAGCAGCAACUGAUAUUGGAGAUGGGUAUGGCAUUGCAACUGGAGAGAAAACGAAUGAGGCCGAUUUGCUGCACGAGAUCGACACGGCUUUGAAAAUCUCCCAAGGUUUUCUGCUUAACCAAGAAAAUAUGCUCGCUCCCAAAUUUAAGGCCUCGUCGGUAAAACCAGGUGUUUGGUCACCAGGCAGUGAGCCUCCGCCUCCACCAAAGCAACCGAGUCCAGAGCGAGGCAAGAAUACGGAGAAGGAUGCUGGUAUUCCACCGGUUUGGACGCCUUCCAGUGCAGGAGCAAGUCCUGUUGCCGAACGAAAGGAAUUUCGUCCAGUCUCAUUCGAAAGUCCAAUUUUAAGGAGAAAAAAUCCUGAGUCGACGAAAAACGAAGUACCAUCGCCACCGUGGAAAAGUGAACAAGGAGAGGAGAAGAAAAACGAGACAUCUUCUGACAUCACUCACAAUAUAAGCACGCGGAUCGUAAACUCUCAUUCUGUACCGUCCCAAGGGUUGAACACUCUUGCCUCUACACCACGACUCCCUCGUGCGCAAAAUCCUACAAUAACUCUUCUACAAAAAGCAAGAGAGGGUCAAUUACCAAAAGGAGCUGCUUACCUAAAUGAAAGCAUCAAUUCACAGAAAAGUCUAGACUCUACAACUAUUAGUGCUGACGAAAUUAUUCAUACGGUGAGAAGAGAAUACGAAAGCAAGCCAAAAAUAGAAAGCGAUUCAUCGAAGAAAAUGGCUGAUCAGGGUCCUCGAAAAAUCGAGGGUAUUGGACCAAUCACUAAAAACGGAAUGCCCGUCAGUCUUAGAUCGGAAGUGAAAGAUGUUAAUCAAGCAAAGUGGUAUAAACAAAUGUACGAUUCACUUCAUCGUUCACGUAAAAAUGAUGAUUAUGUCACUAUUCGAUACAAAUCAUGCAGAGGAAACAGAUACGGGCACGGAAAUAGUGGGUACCUUAGUGAGCCGGAUCAGCCGCGCACUUGUAUCGAUAAAUCAGCCACACUGGAUUCCCGUCGACGCCAAAGAAACAAAGAAAAUGACUCUGCCAUCUCGACGAUACCAAGAAAAAACACAGUUGUGAAGACAACCGCAGAAGUUUAUCGAAAUCAACCAGGACGUAUCGAAGAUUAUCAACCAGGUCGAUCAACAAUAGGAGAGAAAGAAACUAAAGAGUGGUGGGACGAGGUCAUGGACAUAUUUGAUGGGGUAAAUGAGCAGUGGCUUUAUGAACAAAACAUGUUAAUGCUUGGAGAAAAGGCCGAGGACAGGCAGUCACAUCAUCGACAUCCCAUGGCGCUUCGAACUUUCAUUCCCACUCAUCAACUGGUAAGGACUAACUACAAUGUGCAGACUACAUCAUCAACACAGUCCUUGCAUCCAAAAAGCUCCCUGCGCACAACGAGAGCAGUCCUCGAACACGUUGACCCCGAUGCCAUUGAGGUAUUUGGUGCGCUAACUCGUGAGGAUCGUCAGCCGUCGGCAGCGUCCGUAAAUCUUCUCCUUGGUCGAUUAAAGUCAAAUAUCUCAAGUGAGCGAGUGUUUAACUCACUCCUAAAAUCACCCAAGGCUGAACGGAGUACGACUACGAGAAACCGACGCCACGCACGCGACAGUAAAACUGCAAGUCGUGAAAUUCGUAACGACGACGCGAUUGUUGUCGGGUUUAUCGACGAAACCAUACAACCUGAGCCAACGGACUUGAUCCAGUGGCAUCCAAAUAUGCUAGAGGAGAGAUCCAAGAGCUUCAUUCUUCCAAAUAAUAGCAGCCCAACAAGCAGACGAUCACCAUUAACUGGCAACCGGCCAUCUCCCUCGAACAAGGAACGCUCCUUCUUAUUGAUGACGAGUCCUCGAAAUCAUCACCGCAAUCACCAUCACAACCAACGUCAGCACCACGACCCAUCCAUUUCUUCUUCUACUUCUUCUUCUUCUUCUAGCACCAUUCAUAUUACCAUGCUACCACCACCGCCACCAAUCACCACCACCGUUACUGCCGAGACGGCCUUGACAUCACCUUCACGGCCUUUCGACCAACGCAAUCCUUAUACUGCGAAGCCCUACAUGAGCCACGCCCUCAAGGAGUCAGGCUAUGAAAGCGACUCGACACUUAUAUUUCGUCGACGCGAUGAUGUGAGUCCAUUGAGUCCACUUGAACAAAGACUAGCGUAUAAAUCAGUGCAAAAGGGUGGAGACGUUCCCCUUCAUGGUCUUCGAAAACCAGCACCUGAACGACCUAAAGACGACACUGAGAUCCAGUACUUUCCAAUAUCAUCAACACUCACACGAAUACGAGUACGUAGGAAAAGUGCAUUAACAAGCACUUCUGGUUCGAUGACUUCUACGUCGAUGACCUUGACACGUAGCAAGAAAUUGACGCCAACAGCAUCUUCAAUUAUUCCUUUAUCUCGUGCUAAUAUUAUAGGUACUUUUUCCCACGCUAAAACGCCGCCUUCACCUCCAAGAAGACAGUCUUCAAGAUUUAAUGCAACCCUGAAGCUUUAUACAACGACUGGGUACCCGCAAACAUCAAAUCGUCGACAUCAACAGUGUUUUGCGGCAGAAAGUGUAUCCAACAUUAGAUUCCUGAGGGAAAGACUGAGCAACAAGUUGCUGAAACACGAACAAGGAAGAGAAUGUGGAAUUGCACGCAAGAGUUUGACAUCUCUCCGAAGCACUCCGAUCAAUUCAGCGCCUUCAACAAAAGUAAAACUUUCUGGCAAGGCAAUCACUGGAGUAGUUAAAAGAAAGUCUGAUCCUUGUUUAGCUAAGAGAUCUCCUGAGUGUAUAAAGUCAGUUAAUACAGUUUCAAGAGACGUGCCAGCACAGAGAAUUAUUCAGACUAAACAAUCAUCUGAGAAAUCAAGUGAAAAAUUUUUAUCAAGAAUUCCUGAGUCUUCAAGUGUAACAAACCGCCAAGAAGUACGUUCUAAAACUUUGCCAAGUUAUCAAAAAAAAGAUCAGAUAAAAAUUCGUAAACCUAAAAAAGAGAUAGAAGAAACUUCUAAGCGUGGUUCAUCCUUGGAUUCAUCAUCUUUCGUUCAAGUUGAAAGACUUUCCAACAACCGACAAGCUGACGUGGAAAGUACAUUAACAGGAUCCGUCAUCAAGCCAAGCUCGUCGUCACUACGAAGAGUAAAGAGUCAGGACAUUGGGUUAUCCAAAGUAAUCUCAAAGUCUCGUGAGAUUCAAAAAACAAGUCGAGCGAUAAGAAGUGAAUCUCCAGCUCCCGUCAUACCUAAAUGUUCAACUACUGAGAGUAAUAAACAUAAAUCAUUCGCUGCUAAAUUAACAGAAAAACUUUCAAUAAAUACAUUAUCAGUAUCAACUGGUAGCAAUUCAAAUAAUCGUAGAAAAUCACGUGAUAAGCCACAGACAAUAGUGAAACUUUCAGUAAAAAAACCAGAUAUCGAUUGUAAAAGUAAAGAAAUGAAAACUGAUAAGAAGAGAGCUUCUGUAAAAAGAGAAAAAACUCGUGAAGUUAUCAAAAUGAAGAAGAACGAAAAAAGUGAUUUGGAGAAAAAGAAGGACAAAAAGUCGGAAAGAAUGAUAGAAAAUAGUUUGAAGAAAACUGAUAAAAACGACCAAAGUAGUACUGCAAUAGAUCGUAUCAAAAAACAUCAACAAGCCACUAGAACUGAUAACUUCUUCCAGAACCUUUUCUUGAGGAAUACUCCAUCACCAGUACUAUCACAUUGUAGUACUCCAAGACGUUCUUCUGUAAUGGAACGCGCAAGGAUGUUUCAAGAACUUGGAAAUGCUGGCUCUAAGUCAGAGCCAUCUCUACGAUCUCUUAGUGUCUAUCUCACUACAAAACGGCCAGUUUCAAACUCACGCUUCAAGAAUUGGGAGCAAGAGAGUUUUUCUUCAAGAAGUUCAAGUCCUUUUAGAGUAAGUUGGCCUGGAAGAUCGAUUUUUCAGAAAAUUACCAAGUUUGAUAGUCUGCAGCGUGUGUCAGACUUUGGAUCAUCAUCAGGAUUGUCUAGAGGCCGAAGUCCAGAUUAUGAUAACUGUAGUAUUAUUAAAGAAAGAAGUUUAAGUGAACCACCAAUAAAAGUAUCGAUAACUGACGAAAGAAUUACUAGAAUAACUCAUCUACCACCGAGAUCUCCAUCCCCAUCACCAACUCGAUCAAGUACAAGUCUUAAAACAAGUCGUAGUUGGCGUAACAAUGAAGAAGAUUAUUAUUCAAAAGCACGGGCACGAAGUGUUAGUGAAGUAGAAAACAACGAACGACGAAGAAUAACAUUUGGAUCUAAUCUUUCUCUCACUAAAAGCACAAGUUCUUUAGAAUCACCACCAACAAGUAGAGAAGAAUAUCAACGUUACGUUUUAGAAAUGCUUCAUACAAAAAAAAAAUCGAAGCGAUAUAAAGACCUCCAUGACUUUUAUGCGAGUCUUGAACGAAUGGGAAAACUGGAAAAAACAACUUCAAGUAGCGAUUUACGACCACGAAUGAAAAAUGAAGAUAUCAUUGAUUAUAAUCGAUGGAGAGAAGUUAGGAAUAAAGAACGUGCUGAACAAGAGCUUAAAGAUCUUUACAGCAAGUUGAAAACAGUUCAACGUGAAAAGGAUUUUCUCUUCAGCACAAAAGACAUUGAGAUGUUCAGAUGGAAAGGUGAUUAUAGUUUAAGAUGCAAAGAAAGAUCAGUUGAAAACAUUCGUGAAACUUUUCGAAGAUUAGAGAAUGAAAAGAACGAAGUUGAGUCAACAAGACGUCACGAGAUCGCAUCACAAAAGGACAUUUAUAAACCUUUGUGGCGAGGCAAUUCUGUGGUGAACGUGGCAAGUACAAUAAUGAAGAAAGCAAAUGAAAGUAAACAAGACGAACACGAUAAAUGGUCCACUGAGCCUUACUUACAGAAGACUCUAGGAGGCAGCAAAAAGUUCUGGAGUAGUCUCUCAGUGGAACAAGUAAACGCUCUAAAAAACCAGUUAAACGAAAUUUACGGAAGCGAGAAUGAACGACCUAAAGUUCCUGCUAAAUCUCCAAAUAUUACAGAAAAAAUUGCUGUCUCAGAGACUCCAACCAAGUUCACAUCGAAGAUUAAAAAUACUGACAGCAAAACAGAAUAUGAAGUGAUUGUACCUCCAUCAGAAUUUGGUGAUAGUUUGGACGAGGUAAAAGGUCUUAGUGUACGCUGUCACUCGAUGCUUGUUCCAGAUAUUAAAUCAUCAGGAAAACCGUCAACUGUAUUGAAAAGAAGUGAUUCCAUCAGUAAUGGAAGAUGUCACGGCUCAUCAAACUCAAUGACAGAGGUGGAGAAAAAACGAUUGUCAUUGACGUUAGGAAAAGAAAUUCUUAACAAGGUUUCACAGAAAAAGAGUUCAAGGUCACCAGUAGCACCAAGAGAAACACUAGGAGCAAUAGCUGCAGCUUCUGCAAAAAAGAAAAACAUUCCUCAGACUUUGUCGACAAUUAAUACAUCACCAAGAACUUGUUAUUCUUUAGAGACUUCGUUAGACGAAGAUACAUCAAAGUCACGAGAUAGAAGUGACUUUCUUUUAGUUCUUACACCAAAUGGCGACAGUCCAGUAAGUAGGAAAAAAGUCGAGAAUGUCCUUGAGGAGUGGGCAAAAAAACCACCACUGUUAGCUCUAAGUGUACCAAAUACACAAAUUAAAAACACAUCUGGCAGUGAGCUAGACAGUACAACUGAGAGUUCAGAAAAUUCCGUAAAAACAGUCGUUCAACGUGAAGAUAAAGCAGACGUGGUACCAAGAAAAGUUGAAUUUUUUGAGAACAUCAAACGAGAAAAGGAAACGAAUGAACAAAGUCUUGUACAUUUUGCUGGUAUGAAAAAGAGGAAAUCAAAGUUGUCAUCAUCGCAAAGUUUCGCUGACCUUAAAGAACUAUUUGGUGAAUCAGAGUCUGCGCGUUACGUGUCUUCGCCUUUUCACCCAUCUGAACCAGGUAGUUGCAUUCAUGUAAAAUCAUCAGAAAGUGAAACAAGUGAUAAAGGAAAGAGAGGGAGUACUUCUAUCUCACCGGAUGUUCCGAGUGGACGACUUUCAAGUGAUUCCCACUCGCAUGACCUCGAACAUCAUCGACCACGUAGCGUGAGUCCUUGUCGCGUGUCCACAUCUACUUGCAGUCUCGAAUCACUCCGAUACCGGAGUAUAUCUCCCGACCCGGAGCAUUAUUGGCGCGCUUACUUGCAGUUAGUGAAGCAUGGUGCGGUUAAGAAGCUCAGAGCUAAGUUUGAAAGCCUUGAAGAACUGUCAGGAGAGCGUGUUAAAUUUGCGUUGACUCCCAAACGAUUUCAAAGUGAUCCAGAGUUGACGAGAAACCUUUUAAAGAGAGUUUCAGACGAGAAGAAAACAUUAAAGAGAGUUGAGGUGCCAGACGUGGCAUGGUUAAGACGAAAAUACGAGCCAAUUCGAAGGAGAAGUAAAAGAAGACUCACUAGAUCACCAAUUCCAAGAAUUCCUUUGAGACUUGAAGACCUCACUAUGCCACACAUCAAUGUCAUUAGUAAGACAGCCGAGCUUAAAGACAAUGCUAUGUCUCGCUCAAGCUCGUCCAAUUCCUUGGCAAUAAAAGCCGAGACUGAAGAAUUAGAGGCAAGUAGACCUGUUGGAAGGCUUCGUGAAAAAUUUGAAAAAAUGGAGACAAACAAGCCAUCUAUUCUUGGUGAAAUGUUUACUUCUGCACCUGAUGUCUAUGAACUCCGUGAUAUCUCUCCGUACCUUACGGGUCAUUGGGUGGCACACAAAUAUCCCAGUCGUCGAGACAACGCCCGGUCGUUGUCUUUACCUCCAGACCUCGAAAGUUCCUCCAACCGCAAGUCUCAAACUGUCAAGACACACAGCGGUAGGACGACCUUACCACGAGAUGAGAAAAGCAAAGGAUUAAGGCCAGUCUCAGCAUCUCCUGUAAGAUCUCGUACACCAACCUCGAUUCUCAAGCAAAGACAAACUGAUCCAUUUGCUAAUCAGCCAUUUGACCCAAGUAAACACCGACCAAAGUAUCGCUACCAACCCCCACCGACUCCUCCACCACCUGCACCAUUAAUUCGACGUGCAACUAGACCUUGGUGGCCACCACUUCCAACGUAUAUUGCUAAACCUACUGUCACUUUUGAAGAGUACUCGAAUGCACCCCCUCCACCGCCGCCAAAAUCUCAACACUGCAGGAGCGAUUAUCAAGAAUCACCCCGACGAUAUGUGGAAGGUGAGGUGACAAUUCACUAUCGUUCUCCAGUUCGCACGGAAGCUAAAGAAAUUCUCAGUGAGGAGGAACUUGCUCGAAGAAGUGCCGAGAAUAUGCGUCGAGUUUAUCAAGAAGAGCGACGUCGAAAGUAUCUUCAAGAACUUCAUGAUAUAGACUCUCGUCGUCAUACUGAUAACUUUAUACCGUCUCAAAAGUCUCCAAUACCGCUGAAUCGCUAUGAUGACUUUGUGGACGACCUCAGUUAUCGAAGUAGAUCCCAAGAACAAACUCCUGAGCCAAGACUUGUGGCAAGAGCUCUGUAUAACUUUGUUGGACAGACGUCCCGUGAGUUAUCCUUUCGUCGUGGUGACAUUAUUCUUAUCCGUCGACAAAUUGAUAAAAACUGGUACGAGGGUGAACACAAUGCUAUGGUUGGUCUUUUUCCUCUAAAUCAUGUCGAGAUCCUUCCUUACGAUGGUGCAAGAACAACUCCAAAGAAACCGUAUGAGGGUCAAGCACGUGCUAAAUUCAAUUUUAUAGCUCAGACAAACCUCGAAUUAUCUUUGGCAAAAGGUGAGUUAGUUGUUCUCACAAGAAGAGUUGAUGAAAACUGGUACGAGGGACGAAUUGGUAAUAAAAAAGGAAUAUUUCCUGUUUCCUACGUGGAAGUAAUCAUGGAGCCUGGGCAACAUCGACCUGAAACACCUGUAUCGAGUAAACCUGUAGCAUCGCCUGCCGCUCACAGUAUGCUCUCUAAUGGAACAGCAAGUGGAAAGAUGAGCAUGGGACCUCAUCAUUACACACCUUCAAUUCCUGUUAAAACUAACACAACCGAGCCUCAGUAUAUAUCACUGCCACGCAUUGGUGUCACUGAACGCAACAAACUGCACGUUGCACCUGUCAACGAAACAUUGCACAUCGAUACACAUUCAGAUACGAUACCAUAUCGAGCUCUUUACAAUUAUCGUCCUCAGAACGAGGACGAACUGGAAUUGAAGGAAGGCGAUACCGUUUACGUGAUAGAGAAGUGCGACGACGGUUGGUUUGUUGGUUCAAGUCAAAGAACUGGUUACUUCGGCACCUUCCCCGGAAACUACGUCGAACGUUUAUGAGAAGAGGCCGGGCCUCGAUGGACAGAAUUAACCAGAAGAAUUCGAAUCGCAAAUACCAUUGCAAUUAAUUUACCAAAGGAUUCAUCAUCACAAAAGGUUGAAUAUCAUUGCUAAAAUAAUUUCAAUAUUCAAUGAGAGUCAAGUCGAGUCACAAUAGAUAAGUCGUUUUUCUGGAAGAAAUAAUACUAAUAUUAUUAUUAUUAAUAAAAAUACAAAAAUUAAACAUAGAAUAAAUAUAUAUAUAUAUAUAUAUAUAUUAUUUAAUGUAAUGAGCCAUCGAUGACUCAUGAUUUCGUCAAAGGUCUUCCACGACAGGUAAAAUAAUCUAAAAAUAAUAAUUAAUAACAUAAUUAGUAAUAUAGCAUAAACCAAAAAGUAACAUUGAAUGAAUAAGUUGAUUAAGCUAACAUGUAAGUAGUGUACGAUAGCACUUACUUUUAAACUAUUUAUUUAAUUAUUGUUCAUAGAAUUAAUCCAUCAGAAGAAGUGUAAAAUAAUCAACAUAAAAAUAUCUGUUUCAUUAAUAAAUAGUUUUACAUAAAAUUAAAAUUAAGUAAGUUGACUAAAAUGAUUAAUAAUAAUGAAUAAUGAAAUUAUACGAAACUACAGUGUACAGAAGCUACUGUUCUCAUUACGAAUUUCUCGUUACCAUAUACCAAAAUAAUAUAUGAAAUUGUUAAUUGUUUAUUAAAAAUGAAUUAUUGGAAUCAACUGAUGUAAUUCAAACCUCCUCAUUCAAUGAAUUGUUCUUUGAUAACUGUAAUAAAUAAUAAAAUGAUUUAUAAAUUUAUGGCAAUGAUUUAUACAAAGUACUUGACGCUUAUUAAAAUUCAUAAAAGUUAAUAAAAAUACAUAUUAUUUAUUGAUUGUUAAAACGGUUGCUAAGAUAGAUCAGGCCGUAUUUAUAACUGUAAUUAUUAUUAUUAUGGAUUUGCCUCCAAAUUGAUAUUUUUAUAAACAUUAUUAUAAAUAAGCUUUAGUUAUUGAUGUAGAAAAUAAACAUUUUAAUAUCAAUAUUAGUCAAAUAUUAUUAAAUAAAAUGAUGAAUAAGUAAAAUACUUGUAAGACAAAUAAAUGAAUAGAAAAUUAUUUCAAAUCAAUGGGUCUUGAUU